GGCCAAUUGGCUCUGAAUCCAGCGGACUAGGGAAUCCCUAAACUACUUUUGAUCUUCUUUUGCGACAGGGAAUCCCUUUCCUUCUUCUCGUUAUUGCUCGAGAACCCACCCAAAAGCUGCCCUUUCUUGUUACACUUGCAGGGCCGCCAUCUUUCAUCACAACAUGACAGAUUAAAUUGACGAUACAAAACUGGGUUUUGGCUCUCUUUUGUGGCUGCACAAGUGAAGAUCCAAUUUUGUAAUCUAAGUCUAAAGGAUAGGGGGAUUAGGCUAUGCAUGAUACUUCUUUGAAUGCGAAGAGUUGCAGAGAGAUGAUAGCCAAGAAGCUAUAUUGAUCAACAAUGGAACUUUAACUGACCGGCCUCUAUUCCUCAAGCUUAGACGCUGGCAAUGGUGGCUUUUGGUGGCCCUUAACAUCCUCUUUCUUCUUGCUGGUCAAACUGCUGCUGUUAUUCUCGGAAGAUUUUACUAUGAUGAAGGUGGAAAGAGUAAAUGGAUGGCUACCCUUGUCCAAACUGCUGCUUUCCCAAUUCUUCUCACCCCAUAUUUUUUUCUCUGUUUCUCAAAGGAUCCUUUCACUGCUUCCACUACUCCUAUUGGCACCAUUUCCGUACUCUACUUUGUGCUUGGAGUAACCAUUGCAUUUGAUAAUUGGCUUUAUUCUGUUGGACUAUUGUACCUCUCUGCCUCUACUUAUUCCCUCAUUUGUGCAACCCAAUUAGUAUUUAAUGCUGUUUUUUCUUUCUUUUUCAAUUCUCAGAAGGUUACCGUACUAAUUCUGAAUUCCAUAAUCGUCCUUACAUUAUCUGCUUCUCUCAUUGCGGUGAAUGAGGAUUCUGAUGCACCAUCAGGAGUCUCUAAAUGGAAAUACUUUCUCGGUUUCCUCAGUACACUUGGAGCUUCUGCUCUUUACUCUUUGUUGCUUUCCCUCAUGCAACUUUCAUUCCAAAAGGUUCUCAAGAAAGAAACUUUUUCUGUGGUUCUGGAAAUGCAAAUUUAUACAGCACUGGUAGCCACUUGUGUUUCAAUUGUAGGCCUUUUUGCCAGUGGUGAAUGGAAGACUCUUCAUGGAGAAAUGAAUGAUUUUGGUAAGGGGAGAGUCGCUUAUCUGAUGACUUUGGCUUGGACGGCUGUGGCUUGGCAAAUUUGUUCAGUUGGUGUUGUGGGAUUGAUUUUUGUGGUCUCUUCUCUGUUCUCCAACGUCAUUAGUACUCUCUCCUUGGCUCUUACUCCUAUUGCUUCUGUGAUAGUCUUGCAUGACAAGAUGAAUGGUGUAAAAAUAAUUGCUUUGCUUCUUGCUUUUUGGGGUUUUGCCUCUUAUAUCUACCAGAAUUAUCUCGAUGAUCUUGAGGCCAAGAAAACACAAGCUGAGGUCAAUGAGGCUGUUUAGAAUUCUUGUCUAUUUUACACCUGGUUGUUGAUUGCAAAUGUGAAGCAGGAUUUCUCUGUGCUGAUUGCAGCAGAGUAUUGAGGCUCACACUUUGGUGACUUCAUAUGGUAAGAAGAAGAAAUUAUGAGAGAUUGCAGGGAUGAAUUUUCAUUGUUAAGAGUUGCUGGGUUUAGGGAAUUCCCAUCCAAUGCUUUCAACAGGUUCUCUCAUUCAGCCCUGGUGGUUCAGUGAUAGUAUUCAUGACCUGAUCUGUCCCAUGGGGCAUUUUUUUCAUAUCCAUUAUUGUUUUCUCAGGGAACAGGUAAAUAAGUUUUCUCUAGGAGCUAUUGGUCUUGUCACUGUAAUUCUUGCACAGUUCUACAGUGCCUUUUACAUUUUAUGCAAGAAGUUACGUUUGAUCUU